UCGCCUCCCUCCCUCGCAGCUGCGUCGCCUUCUCUUCCGCAAACAGCUUCUCGCCAGCCAUCCUCCGCCUCCUCUGCAGCCGCUCCGACGACCCGGCCGGCCGGCCGCAGCGGCAUGGCGGCGCGACCGGUGCGGGAGGAGGGGGGCGGGGAUCAUCAGCAGCAGCACCCGCGGCGUCCCUUCGGCGCCGUCCUGAUCACGGUCCCGGACGGGACCGGCUCGCCCUCCUUGCCUGCUUCGUCCUCCGACGGCGUGGCGGCCGCGCUCUUGGGCCGCGCGGGCGCUGCCGGCGCGGACGACGACGGCGCCCUCCUGGAGGCGGAGGACGAGCGGCCGCGGCCGUGGGGGGAGUCGUUCUCGCCGUGGCGCGCCGCGGUGGCGGUGUUUGCGCUCGCGGCGCUCGCCGCGGCGGGGUACGUCUGCCUGUACGCAGGCGGGGGCGCCGGCGCGGCGUGGCGGCUCCUGGAGGCGCGCGAGGAGGAGGGCGAGGACCGCGGCGGCCGCAGGUCCUUCCUGCUGCCGCUGUACCCGAAGCCGCGUCGCGGCGGCGGCGCCGCGGCGGGGAAUCUGACGGCCGCGACGUCCACGUCCACCGGGCUAUACUACACAACUGUGUCUAUUGGCAAUCCUCCAAGGGAUUAUUUUCUUGAUGUUGAUACUGGCAGCGACAUAACAUGGGUCCAGUGCGACACGCCAUGCAGAAGCUGCGCAAAGGGAGCUCAUCCUUCAUAUAAGCCUGAACAAUCCAACAUAGUUCCUGCCAGUGAUCCACUUUGUGAUCGAGUUCAACGCAACCCAAAUGAGUGCAACUAUGAUAUCAAUUAUGCCGACAGAAGCUCCUCUAUGGGUGCGUAUGUAAGGGAUAAUAUGCAACUAAUCAGUGAAGAUAGUGAAAGGGAAAAUGUAGACAUUGUGUUUGGGUGUGGAUAUGAUCAGAGAGGAAUUCUUCUGGACACUCUAGAAAAUACUGACGGAAUGCUAGGCCUGGGCAGCCGGGCAAUAAGCCUUCCUACACAGCUAGCCAGUCGAGGGAUUAUUUCCAAUGUCUUCGGUCACUGUAUGACAACAGAUCCCAGUGGUGGUUGUUAUUUGUUUCUUGGUGAUGAUUACAUUCCCAGAUGGGGAAUGACAUGGGUUCCUGUCCGAAAUGGUCCAGCAGAUAACAUACGCAGAUCGCAACUCCAGCAAGUAAACCACGGGGAUCAGCAGCUCAAUGUGCAAGGGAAGUUGACUCAAGUGAUCUUUGACAGUGGGUCUACAUAUACAUAUUUCCCACACGAAGCGUAUGCAAAUCUGGUUGCUGCGCUGAAGGGUGCAUCCCCGAGAUUUGUACAAGAUGACUCAGAUAAUACUCUGCCUUUCUGUAUGAAAGCUGAUUUUUCAGUGAGGUCUGUGGAUGAUGUGAAACAUUUUUUCAAGCCCUUGACUCUGCAAUUCGGGAAACGAUUUUUCUUCUCCAGAACCUUCAACAUUCGUCCUGAAGAUUACUUGACCAUCAGUGAUAAGGGCAAUGUCUGCCUGAGGGUGUUCGAUGGAACAGCAAUCGGUUAUGAUUCAGUAAUAAUAAUCGGAGAUGCUUUUCUUCGUGGAAAAUUGAUUGCUUAUGACAAUGAUGAGAAUCAGAUCGGAUGGAUUGAUUCAGGCUGCUCUGACCCAAGCAAACAAAGCAGAAUUCCAUUAUUCCUACGAAGAGUGUUGCGCAACCAACUUCUGUAAACAUCACACAGAUACCACCAUGAGAUCGCCUGACCACAUCCAUUGUUACGGAUCUGCAAUUCUGCAUCCAUAUUCUGAUAUAAUCGUGUGAAGGAAUGUAAUUAUUAGAUAGGAAAAAUGGUUACAAGAUAGGGAUAAGGAGAAAGGAGAGGUAGGUAAGCAUAGUUAGUAACUUAGUAUACUGUGCUUUGUAUUUUUUUUUCUAUCUGUAUAUAGUCAUCAGAAAUCUGUAUUCUAUGUUGUAGGGCAUAUCUCGCUCACUUUGUAAGACUAAAAUGGCGAAGCAUAUCAAUGAAUAAUCAACAGCAGUUGUGACA